AUGGCAUCGCCUAUCCUCCCUCGUUUUAUCGGUCGUACCGCCUCCAGAGCUACCCUGGCCGCCCGCAGACAGCUUGUACCUGUUGCAGCAUGGCGGGCAGCAUCUACUAAACACCCUCAGGGCUUCGCCCCGCCGACAGAAGAUGAGCUGAACGAGCUUCGGGAUACCGUCCGAGAGUUUGCCAAGCGCGAGAUACCAGAGGAGGUCGCUGCCAGGACGGACCAAGAGAAUCAAUUCCCACCGGAGAUGUGGAAGAAGUUUGGCGAAGCUGGUUUCCUGGGUGUCACUGCUGAGGAGAAGUAUGGUGGCCUGGGAAUGGGCUAUCAGGCACACUGUGUCGUCAUGGAGGAGAUUAGCCGUGCUUCAGGAAGCAUCGGGCUUUCAUACGCUGCUCAUUCGCAGCUCUGUGUCAACCAGCUGUGCCUCAAUGGCUCGCCAGAGCAGAAAGAGCGCUUUCUACCUGGCCUCAUCUCCGGAGAGAAGAUUGGAGCGCUCGCAAUGUCCGAGCAUUCUGCUGGCUCUGAUGUUGUGAGCAUGAAGACCAAGGCCAAGGCUGUUGACGGCGGAUACGUCCUCAAUGGUACCAAGAUGUGGAUUACAAACGGCCCCGAUGCUGACUUCAUCGUCGUGUACGCCAAAACGGAACCUGAUGCCGGCUCGAAGGGUAUCACUGCCUUUGUGGUCGAGAAGGACUUCAAGGGUUUCUCUUGCGCCCGCAAGCUCGAUAAGCUCGGCAUGCGAGGAUCCAACACUGGUGAACUCAUCUUCGAGGAUGUCUUUGUCCCACACGCCAACGUCCUAGGCAAAGUCAACAAAGGUGUAAGAGUAUUGAUGGAAGGACUUGACCUCGAACGCCUUGUUCUUAGUGCUGGACCGCUAGGUAUUAUGCAAGCUUGUCUUGACCUUGUACUUCCAUAUACCCACACCCGUACCCAGUUCGGAAUGCCGAUUGCACACAACCAGCUCAUCCAAGGAAAGCUGGCAGACAUGUACACCAAACUCGCCGCCUCUCGGGCUUUCACCUACAACACUGCCAGACAAGUUGAUCAGUCCGCUGUUUCUCCCGAAGGAACGCAGGUCCGAACACAAGACUGUGCCGGCUCCAUCCUUUAUGCUGCUGAGCGUGCAACAGAAUGCUCUCUUGACGCAAUCCAACUGAUGGGCGGCAACGGAUAUAUCAAUGAGAUCCCAGCCGGCCGACUACUCCGGGAUGCAAAGUUGUAUGAGAUCGGUGCAGGUACCAGCGAGAUUAGACGAAUGGUUAUUGGCAGAGCGUUCAACAAGGAGUUUUCCUAG